CUCCAGCUUUGAGAUUCUCAAAGAAACUUCUGAAGAUGGCUGGCAUAGCAUUCGGAAACUUCAAUGAUUCUGUUAGUUUUGCCUCCAUCAAGGCCUACAUUGCUGAGUUCAUCUCAACCCUUCUCUUUGUUUUUGCCGGUGUUGGUUCAGCCAUAGCCUAUGCUAAGUUGACAUCAGAUGCAGCUCUUGAUCCAACUGGGUUGGUAGCAGUUGCUAUUUGCCAUGGUUUUGCUCUCUUCGUUGCUGUUUCUGUUGGAGCCAACAUUUCUGGUGGCCAUGUGAACCCUGCUGUGACCUUUGGGUUGGCUCUUGGGGGCCACAUCACCAUCCUCACUGGUCUCUUCUACUGGAUUGCACAGCUUCUCGGCUCCAUAGUGGCAUCCUUACUCCUCAAGUUUGUCACUGGCUAUGAUACUCCUAUCCACAGUGUUGCUGCGGGAAUUGGAGCUGGUGAAGGAGUAGUUACAGAGAUCAUAAUCACAUUUGGAUUAGUGUACACAGUGUAUGCCACAACAGCAGACCCUAAGAAGGGUUCGUUGGGCACAAUUGCACCCAUUGCCAUUGGUUUCAUUGUUGGCGCCAACAUCUUAGCAGCAGGGCCAUUCUCUGGCGGGUCCAUGAACCCUGCACGCUCCUUUGGCCCUGCUGUUGUUAGUGGUGACUUUCAUGACAACUGGAUUUAUUGGGUUGGCACUCUUAUUGGUGGUGGUUUGGCUGGUCUUAUCUAUACCUAUGCCUUCAUAAUGUGAAGGAUAUAUUUGGGAAUUGAGAUUUAGAGGGA